CCUCCACCCUCUCCUCUGUUCAAUGACGCUUUACAACAUCGCUUUCAUCAAACACGACACGAAUGAACGCAAUAAUCAACUACAGGUUUAUAAGGCCUGUUGGACUCUGAAAACUAUGGACCAGGUGUGACCUUGGUGUAUUUCAUAUCAUCUCUUUUACCAACUCUUCGUUCUCUAUCAAGAUGGCAUCAUGUGUUUCUGGAUGCUCUUCAGUGAUGAGGUUCUGUCAGAAGCUCAACAGGCUAAAGACGCUGGAGGAUGACGUAAUGGCAACAUCACUGAAACGUUGUCUUUCCACAGUGGACCUCGCUCUGCUUGGUGUCGGUGGAAUGGUGGGUUCAGGCCUGUAUGUUCUCACAGGAACCGUAGCUAAAGACACUGCAGGACCAGCUGUCGUGGUGUCGUUCCUCAUCGCAGGAGUGGCGUCUCUCAUGGCAGCGCUGUGCUAUGCUGAGUUUGGCGCCCGUGUACCAAAGACAGGCUCCGCCUACAUGUUUACUUACGUUUCUGUUGGGGAAAUCUGGGCGUUCCUGAUUGGUUGGAAUGUCAUUUUGGAGUAUAUGAUUGGCGGAGCUGCGGUAGCUCGUGCGUGGAGUGGCUAUCUAGACUCAAUUUUCAAUCACCGCAUCCAGAACUUCACUGAAAGUCAUGUGAUGCGUUGGGACGUUCCCUUCAUUACUCAUUACCCAGACCUCUUAGCGGCCUCCAUCCUCCUAGUGGCUUCAUUUUUCAUCUCAUUUGGUGUUCGUGUCUCAUCUUGGCUCAACCACAUCUUUUCGGCCAUCAGUAUGGUAGUCAUUGCCUUUAUUUUGGUGUUUGGCUUUGUAUUGGCCGACCCAGUCAACUGGAGCGCUCGGGAGGGAGGCUUUGCCCCGUUUGGAUUUUCGGGUAUUAUGGCAGGAACCGCAACAUGCUUCUAUGCAUUUGUUGGCUUUGACGUGAUAGCGGCUUCCAGUGAAGAAGCCAGUAAUCCUCAGAAGGCUAUUCCCAUAGCGACAGCCAUCUCAUUGGGCCUGGCCGCCACAGCGUACGUCCUAGUGUCCACAGUUCUUACAUUGAUGGUUCCAUGGCAUACACUCGACCCAAACUCCGCUCUGUCAGAUGCAUUCUUCAGACGGGGAUACAGCUGGGCCGGGUUCAUCGUGGCUGUGGGUUCCAUCUGUGCCAUGAACACUGUGUUGCUCAGCAACCUCUUCUCUCUCCCGCGGAUUGUGUAUGCCAUGGCGGAGGAUGGCCUCUUCUUCUCUGUCUUUUCUCGUGUCAACCCUGUAACCAAAGUCCCGGUGAUCGCCAUUCUCGUUUUUGGCAGCCUUAUGGCAUUUCUUGCCCUCAUCUUUGAUCUAGAAGCACUGGUCCAGUUCCUCUCUAUUGGCACUCUGCUUGCUUACACUUUUGUAGCGGCCAGCAUCAUAGUGCUCCGCUACCAACAGGAUAAAUGUAGCUCAGGAGGAAGUGGAAUCAAAAGAGCUGCUUCAUCCACACCUUCACUGAACCAGUCAGGGCAGCAGGUGGAUCCAUCUGUGGCAGUCAACGAGACCCAGACCUUUGCACAGGACAGCGGAGAGCCGAAGGAGUAUGAGUCGUUCUCUGAUAAACUUCAGCUGGUGGAGAGGCAGAAGGCGGUGAAGGAGAGGCGCGCUGCUGGGACACUGAAGGCUUGCUGGGAACCGUAUCUGGGCCGUAUACUGGGGGACUGUGAGCCGGGGGAGGUGGUGGCGUUCUCUGUGCUGGCUCUGAUGGUCAGUGCUGUCUCUUUAAGUGCUGUGUUGGUGUUUGGGAGUAACCAGCUGGCUCUGCCUGUGUGGAGCUUUACCCUUCUGCUGGUCAUCUUCAGUCUGGUCUUCCUGCUCAGUCUGGCUCUCAUCUGGGUCCAUGAACAGCAACCCAAUAACAAGACCUUUCAGGUUCCUCUGGUGCCAUUUAUUCCUGGCCUCAGCAUCCUCCUGAAUGUAUUUCUCAUGUUGAAGUUAAGUCCGCUCACCUGGAUCCGUUUCACCAUAUGGCUCGCAGCAGGUCUUCUGGUGUAUUUCGGGUAUGGCGUCUGGCACAGUAAGGAGGGUUUACGGGAACAGCAGGGGCAGGAAGUGGCAGCGCGUUACGUGGUCCUUCCCAGUGGCAGCCUUGUGGAGACAGUGCAGAACGUCCAGCCUGAAGGACACAAUCACAACACACACACACCAACCCUCGACAAUCCACCUGCCAGCAGAUGAUCUGAUCAUGCUGAGGUGUGUUUACAGUGCACCUGCAUGCCUACCUGUUGUAUUACUCUUGCUUUCUUUCUCUUGUGUUUCACUUCUGUUUACUCAUCAUGUCAAGAUACUGUUCAUCAACUAAAUGGGUUAAAGGAAUGUUUUUGGUUCAAUAGAAGUAAAGGAUAAUGUUUAUCACCACAAAAAAUACAUAUUUUGACUCAUACCUCAUACCUUUGUCAGCAUCCUAAUCAUAACUGGGGGCCAUUUCCUUUCUCUCUUACAUAUCAUAUCCACUGUGUUAUGCUACUUUUAGCUACUAUGCUGGCUUGUAUGUAAAUUAUAUAUGAGAAUAAGCAAAGUGCACCAUAAUUCUGUGGCCCAACCGGAUUCAUUAUCUCCAUUGUCUUUAUAUGGUGUUUAUAUAGAGCCGAGUGGAUCCGCAUUGCUGCUCUGUGAAAUCUGAAACCUUUAAGACAGACUACUGUUUAUCAUUCAAACACUGAUGUAAGUUGUUGCUUGAACAUAUUCUGAGGAAACUUUAUUUAUUUGUGUAGUCCAAACACUGAAAUGCACAGGUAUGAUGGUACAUAAUUUAUAAUGCAAGAAUCUGUGACUGUUGAAAGGUAAUUUGGAGUGUAAUUACUGGCAGAUACCUGAUAUUUUUAUGGUUUCUGCAGACCUGUGGGAAAUACUGACAAUCACUGGUUGGUAGACAGAAAAUAUAGGGUCUGUUUAAAGGUCUGAGUGUCUUAGCAAAUGCUGUUAAGGGAUCAUGUGGAUGUACUCAAAUCUAUCUCCCUUCCCCCAAUAUAUCACACACACUCACUCUGAUGGUCAUAAAUUGAAUUUAACAGAAGGUAGGAGGAACCAGCAAUUGAUAAUAUGAAUAUACUUAAACAUUACUAUAUUUAAACUUACAUUAUGUUUGGGUCACGAACACACUCCUUAAACACACACUAACCCCUGUGGGCCUUAUUCCAACCCUUUUCUCUUUGUUUUGUUUUCCACCACUUAUCUGCACCUCAUGAAUAUUUAUUUAUAAUACAGAAUAACUGUAUUUUUAUUUAUUUUUCAGUGUAUACUCAAAUUAAAGUCAUGUUUUAAUAAUGUCCACUACUCAUGAUGUUUAAGUGAAUUGACUUUUUCUGUUUUUCAUGUGUAUGUUUGUUUGAUAACCUAGAAUGAACUGUUCCUGAGUGAUCGUGUUUCAUUUGUGUCCACUGACACGCCUCACUUGCAAACACACUUACCCAGCAUUCACUAAUCCUUAUUCCCACACUCAGAUUUGCACAUCUCAUGUGACGUGUACACACACACACACACACUAAACUGCCCUUAUUCUCACACACACUCAAACAGUGUGAUGUGACUGAGCUGGGACAUUUACUUGGCAUUGCUACCUUGGAACUGACUGUAUGUUUUAGCUUCUGGACAUUUUUGCCCAGAUCUAUUAAUUUAUUGAAAAUAUACAUUUCAUACAUAUAAAUACUUGAAUACACCUAUUUUAUACUUAACAUGUUUCUUAUAUAAAACAAAUCAAUGAUUGGGUGAAACAACUAUCCUGAUUUCAGAAUGAAGAAGAAAAAAAAAACUAAUUAAAAGGAUGAAGUUCUUGGAAAUAAAUAAUAUUUUAUUCUAUUAUUUCAUUGAAAAAUAAACAAGUUUUUUUUAAAUACUAUAAAUAUUUGAAAAACUAUUUGAGAAGUGUUAAUUUCUAAGAACAUGACGCAUGCAUUUUAGUGUGUGUUCACUCUUUUUGGACCAAAAAAAAAGAUCAAUUUACUCUUUAGUGUGUACACUCACCAAACCUAAAGAUACAAAAGAAAGGUCAUGAGGAUAAGGUCAAAACCUGAUUGGACAGCAUUUAUGCUUUAUAUUUUGCAUCAGAUCUUGCUGAUCUUUUAGUUUGUUUAUCUUUGGUCUGUGUUGUGUUUAUAUUUCAGUUGACCGGCACCAGAGUUUGUUUGGAAGUAGAUCGCUUGUUUGGUGUGCACCAGGUUUUAGAAGGCAGCGCUCACACUUAAAGGGAUACUCCACUUUUUUUGGAAAUAGGCUCAUUUUACAACUCCCUC